CUUGAACCCGCGGCGCAACGCGGUGCCGGAGCAAUGCCUGUAAUCUUACGGCGCGUAUGAGCUAGUGAGUGUAAACGGUGCAGACGAGGAUGCAGAGCGUGAGAUGCCGCGGAAGUGGCCAAGAGGGUCGAUGAUACCAACCUUCCUUGCAAGCGAUGCCCUCUAUUCCUACCUCUCUCUCACGUCCAGUUUAUCUCCUUCUCAUUUCAACUGUUGCCCGUUGGUGCUGUCUUCGAACACAGUUCCUCCAGCGUCAAACCUGCCAAGCAUCAUCACGCUCCGCUUACCUCUCCGCUUCUGGUCGUCUCACUAUUGCCUCUUCGCCAGUCGCGCUUGAGGCUCCCCCUGACAUGAACCGGGCAGAUAACAACAACAGGCCGCACAGACAGGACGGUAGCGACAACAUCGCUGGUGGCUACACUCUUGGACUGCCGUCGUUGGAGGUGCUAUUAGGACCGCCAUCCUGCACAGCGCCAAGCAAAUCCUUCACUCGAUGUGAGAGCUUCGAGGCCGAAACUCCCCUCCAAUCGCUAUAUCGCUCGCCGCCUUCAUUUUCAGGUGACGUUCUCACCCCACCUGACCCGUUGUUGCCGUCCUCACCAGUUCAAGCACUCGCGGAAGCCGGCAUCGACGAGAAUGAUGACGCUGCCGUAUUCAAGCUCCUCAUGAAGCAGCGAGAGAAGCGUCGCGACGCCCAGCUUCUCCCCGCGCUGCCUGAGCCGGCCCGGGAGACAGCUGUGCUACUUGACAAUCCGCUUCACAACGACCCACUAGGGUUGUACUUCAAGAUCGCUAGCUGCCAACUGAACUCCGCUAGUGCUGUCCCGGUUUCAGAGUAAGUUAGGUUCCUCCGGUGACGAGAGCAAUGCGUUGGAGACAGGGCCAUCCUGUGGCGCCAAUGACCGACGCCAGCGCAUUUCUGACCGUACAGGGCUGCCGAGAGCAUGGACGACCCCCGGUACAUUACACCUUCACCGACUUUACUCAUUAUCAGGAGUCGCGCCGUCUUGUUUCUCGAGUCACUGAUGACUGACUUCUGCGCUCAAUUGCACGCCUGCCCCAGCCACUCUGGCCACCUCGGGUGCUGGAGGGGCAGAAUUCCGCGCCACUCACUGGAAAAGGAUGCGUGUGAGCGGGAUGGCGUUAGGAUGCAAAUAUUGAACCGUAAGACGGG